AUGGAAACAAAACAGAGGUCGAAACACAGCUUUAUCAUAAAAACCAGAACUCCAAAUUAGUUAGUACUCUCUCUUUCUCCAAAACAAAAAAGUCAUAGAUAGCACCCAAAAUUACCAGAAAUAGUAGAGUAUGAAUAGACUCUCUUUAAGUUGAAAUGGUUUAGUAAAAGAAGAUAAGAAAAUUAAAACAAUAAACGAUGUCGAAGUUCAGAGUCUUCUUACGAGGGAACUUUAAAUAAAAGAUAUUAGUUCAUGUUUUAAACUAUACCCUAUCAUGGAACUUCUUUUCAAAGAAAGCAAUUUUAUGUAAAAAAAUGGAGAAAAUUAAUAAUUGCUAUUCAAUGCAUCAUCUAUAUAGCUAAAAUAGCUCUUUAGGAAUUUAAAAUUCGGAGCAGUUGUCCUUCUAAAAUGAUGAUUAGUCAUUACUCUAUACUUCAUCAUCCUUACCCUUAAAGCCCCUCCAAUCGUAAAAGAAAUAAAAGCUGUUGUCUGGAUAUUAAAAAUAGAAAAAUAAGCUUUGGUGAAAAAAUUCAAACUUUAAUCAUUUAAUAAAAAUUAAAAGCUGAUACUUGCAAAAACAGUAGCUAUCUUUAAUAAUUUAAGAAUUAAAAUACAAAAUUGAAUCGGUUACUAAAUUCGAAAGCAAUUAGUUUAUAAUCCUUGCAUACAACAACGGAUUUAAAACCUUUGCAUUCUGUUUAUACGAUUGAUCAAUUUGAAAAAUAAUCAACCUUUUAAAAAUAAACUAAAAAACUCUCUUUGAAAUUAAAAAGAUCACAAUGA